AUGUCUGUCAACGGCACAAUGCUCGAGGGGAAAUAUCCCGCCAAAGCUCACUGUCGGCGUGUCGCUCAAUACCUGAUCGACGCCGGCUUCUCACGCCAUGGAGUCAUCUACCUCGAAGCCCAGAAAACCCACAUGGUUGAAGACGACGACCAGGCCAUGCACUUCCGACAGCGUCGAUACUUCUUCUACCUCUCCGGCUGCAAGCUCCCCGACGCCUACCUGACCUACAACAUCCCCCAAGACAUCCUCACCCUCUUUAUCCCACCCAUCGACCCGGACAGCGUGAUUUGGAGCGGCCUGCCUGAGUCCCAAGAGGAGGCCAUGGCGAAAUACGACGUCGACAACGUCCUCUACUCAAACGAAGUCAAUGCCGCAUUGGCAGCCUACGGGCCUUCGAGGGCCGCUACCGUCUACGCCAUCCCCGAGCAAGUCUCCGAACACAUCACAUUCUUGCCCUUCAAGGCCGUGGAGUUCUCGUGCCUCAAGACGGCCAUUGACGAGUGUCGCGUCGUAAAAGAUAGCUAUGAGGUCGCGCUCAUCCGCAAGGCCAAUGAGAUCUCCACACUCGGGCACAUUGAAGCAGCCAAGGCGGUGCGCACGGCGACAAACGAGCAAGAACUCUACGGCGCCUUUGUCGGGACAUGUAUUUCGAACGGGGCACACGAGCUGGCAUACCACUCCAUCUGCGCCAGCGGGACGAGUUGCUCGACUCUCCACUACGUCCGCAACGACCAACCCUUGCGGGACCGCUUGAACAUCCUUCUCGACGCGGGCGCAGAGUAUGGCUGCUACUGCGCCGAUAUAACGCGCACAUUCCCCAUCUCUGGCACAUUCACGCCCGAGUCACAGACAAUAUACAAUAUUGUGGAUGAGAUGCAAUCGUCGUGCUUCAAGAUGCUGCGCGCAAACAUGCGGUGGGAAGAUGUGCAUAUGAACGCCCACCGCGUCGCAAUCAGAGGGCUCAAGAGUGCCGGCAUCUUUGUCGGGGACGAGGAGGAGAUCUUCAACAAGCGUAUCAGCGUCGCGUUCAUGCCGCAUGGCCUGGGCCACUAUCUGGGCAUGGACACGCACGACACAGGCGGCCACGCCAACUACGACGACCCGGACCAGAUGUUCAAGUACCUGCGCGUGCGGGGCCCGGUGCCCGCCGGCGCCGUCAUCACCGUCGAACCGGGCAUCUACUUUUGCAACUUCAUCCUGGACCCCGUGCUGGAGGACCCGGAACUGAGCCGGUACAUUGACAAGAGCGUGUUGGAGAGGUACUGGGCCGUCGGCGGCGUCCGGAUCGAGGACGACGUGCAUAUCUUGGAAGACGGCUAUGAGAAUCUGACCAAAACGCCGAAGUGGUGA